AAAAAGACCGAACUUAACCAAAAAAAAAAAUUCAAAAACUUAAAAUAUUAAAAAUGAUAAUACAUUUCCAAAAAGUUUUACUCUCCAAGAAAAUCAAACUCAAUCUAUGUUAUAAUUCAGGAGUUAGACAGAAAUCUUAUACUAGUACAGUAAUUUUACCAAAAACGGAUUUUCCUCUUCAUCUACAAAAUAAGAAGUUAAUUGAGCGAGAUUCCAGCUUAAAUGAGCUGUUGCGGAAGAGUGAUCUUUAUAACUGGCAGAGGAAACAUUUAUCUGAACCUGAGUUUAUCUUGCACGAUGGUCCACCUUAUGCUAAUGGUUCUCCUCAUAUGGGACAUGCAAUUAAUAAAAUAUUGAAAGAUGUAAUUUUGAGAAAAAAAGUAUUAGAUGGUAGAAGAGUUAAUUUUAUUCCUGGAUGGGAUUGUCAUGGCUUGCCUAUUGAAUUGAAAGCCGUUAAAGACCAGAAAUCAAUAAAGGAUCCUUUAUCUGUAAGGAGUCAAGCUAGAAAUUUUGCUGAAAACACAAUUAAACAUCAGAAGGAAAUAUUCAAUUCAUGGGGAAUCUUAGGUGAUUGGAAUAAUAUCUACACUACUCACAAUCCAAAUUACAUAAAGAAUCAAUUGAGGCAGUUUUACAAAUUGUAUACAAAAAAUCUAAUCUACAGGGAUACAAAACCAAUCUAUUGGUCACCAUCAACAAAAACUGCAUUAGCCGAAUCAGAAUUGGAAUAUAAUGAAAAUCACAAAAGUUCAAGUAUUUAUGUACAAUUUAAAAUCGAAAAAAUUCCAAACUUGGGGAUUUCGAUUGAUAAACCUAUGAGUGCAUUGAUAUGGACAACAACACCUUGGACUCUACCAUCAAACCAAGGAGUUUGUUAUAGUACAAAAUUGACUUAUUGCCUUUGCACUAAGGACUCUGGAAAAACCAUUUUUAUCGCAGCUGUUGAAAGACUGGAAGAACUAAAGAAAAUAUUCAAUUGCCAUGUUGAGCUCCUUCAAAUUUUGCCAGAUGGAGUGCUUUCCAAUGCUGAAUACCGACAUCCUAUUUAUGAAGAUAAAAUAUUACGUUUCUAUCCUGCCAAUCAUGUUAGUGAUGAUAAGGGCACUGGUUUGGUGCAUACAGCUCCAGCACAUGGUCCUGAAGAUUUUUUAGUAGCUCUAGAGAACAAUUUAUCUAUUGUUGAUCUUGUGAACGAAGAUGGUCGUUACAGAAAAGAAGCUGGUUCUGAGUUAGAAGGAAAAUUUGUUCUUCUAGAAGGUAAUGAAGCAAUCAAACAAAAAUUAAAUGAACAGAUUGUUCAUCAAUCUGAAAUAACCCAUAGUUAUCCCUACGAUUGGCGAACGAAAAAGCCUGUGAUAAUAAAAGCGAGUCCCCAAUGGUUCUUAAACACAAAUGCUGUCAAAGCAAAGGCAAUGGAAUAUGUCAACAAAUUAAAAUUCAUUCCUGAUGCGAGAAGUAAAAUUUUUAGAGAAGAAUUUUCGAAACAAAUAGAUAAACGUCCCUUCUGGUGUAUUUCAAGACAAAGAAAAUGGGGGGUACCUAUUCCAGUAUUCUACAAAAAAGACAGUGAUGAAAUUAUAUUGAACGAGGAUAUUAUUGAACACCAGUGUAAAUUACUUGAAGAAAAUGGAUCUGACUAUUGGUGGAUGUUUUCAGAAGAAAAACUUUUGCCAGAAAUUUCGAAGAAGAAUAUCGAUCUUUCUACAAUUAAAAAGAGCGAGGAUAUCCUCGACAUUUGGUUUGAUAGUGGAAUAUCAUGGUCCAACGUUUUGGGCGAAGGAAUGAUAGCAGAUCUUUAUCUUGAAGGAAACGAUCAGUUGAACGGUUGGUUUUAUUCCUCGUUAAUAACUUCUUUGGCGUGCAGAGACGAACCACCUUAUAAAUCAAUAUACAUCCAUGGCUUUGCCGUUGAUGAGAACGGGUUGAAGAUGUCCAAAUCUUUGGGAAAUGUUGUCGAUCCUGUAGAGAUCGUGAAUGGAAAGAAAGGACAAAAUCCUUACGGAAUAGAUGUUUUGAGAUGGUGGGUAUCAUGCCAUGCAAAUUAUGCAGCUCAAAUCAACGUCAGCGAUAGUGUUCUUCAAACAUGUGCCAAAGAAGUGCAAAAAAUUAGAAGCGUUUUACGUUUUAUACUAGGAGUAUUGAAUGGAUAUGAAGACGGGAAGCAAGAAUACUUGGAUCUCUCAUUUUUAGACAAAUAUAUGCUUCAUGUUUUGAACGACUUUCAUCAUCAGUCCAAGGUGCAUGCAGAGGAAUAUGCUUUCAACAAAAUAGGAAAAUCAGUCAUCAAUCUCCUCACAAAUGAAAUAUCGGGACUGUAUUAUUCAGCUAUAAAGGAUAGGCUAUAUUGCGAGCCUCAACAUGGAGUAACUAGGAAAGCAGCUCAGUUCACACUUAUGCAAAUCUUGAACGUGGUUAGCUUGAAUGUAGCUCCGAUGCUACCUCACCUGGUUGAAGAAAUAUACAGGUAUAUUCCUAUAGAGAAAAGGGGAGAAAGUUACUUCACAACAAUUCACAGUGAAAUACAGGAUGGUUGGAAAAACAACGAUGUGAAGGAAAUUAUGGAUAUCAUUUUAGAUAUCAGAAAAAAUUUGAACCUUCAGUUGGGAUCAGCAUCCAACACAGUAGAUGUUAAUAUAAAAUUGACAAACAAGUUAUUUGAGGCGUUCCAGCAAAUGAACUCUCUGGAACAAUGGAAUUAUGAGUUAUCUAAUAUUUUAUUGUGUGCAAACGUUAAUAUUUCAACAGACGAAAACCAAUCCAAAGAUUAUCACCUUGAAAUUACUGAGAGUCAAAAAUUGGCAUGUCCAAGGUGUAGAAGAAUGCAGUUAGACAAAGAAAAUGAUUUAUGUAUUAGAUGUAUCGAAGUUCUUAAUAUCACAGGGAAUAAAGAAUAUUUGUCAAUGUACUCCUUGUUUCAUUUAAAGAUGUGAAGUUCGAAUUCGAAGUCAAAAUCGAUUC